AUGGAAUUUGACGAUCCGACUGAAGACCAAAUAAUUGACCGUCAACCCCAAUCAUCAACUUCUGCAAGAACUCCAAUCACCACGCCAAACACCGGUCGACCAGCUUUCAUUACGAACAACAAUAUACCCUCGCCAGAAAUUUGCGUCAUCUGUCUUGACCUUCUAUACCCACCUCCAACAGCACACGCUGACUUUGAUGGAACUGAAGAUCGGGCGAUCGGUGAAGCCAAGGAGACCAGGCAGCCAACAGACCCGGGGAGCCCGGUAGCCCUUGCCACAGCCGUGCCCUGCCAGCACGCUCAAUUCCACUUUCCGUGCCUGGGAACAUGGCUCACGCACUCGCGAUGUUGUCCACUAUGCAAGGUGGUGGUGACUGCCAUCGCGCUGCGUCACCAAUACAGGAACGGCAUCCGCGAAGGAGGGUCGGAGGCGGAAGUGAUACCACUGCCGUUCGAUAUCCCUAGCCAGGUGCUAGAUGCAGCAGAUCUGCAGUCCUCGGAUGUGCAGAGACGGAAUCUUUCGAGCAGACAGGAUCGAUGGCAACGUAGGCAGGGCCGUACGGCACCGAAGCCGCAUGCGCGGGACCCGAUAGCAGCAGACCCUGUGCUGAGAUUCAGACGAACGCUAUAUGAACGACAAAUCCCAUCGCUGUACUGCGGGAGAGGCGUGACGCGAUCGCCGCCCAUCCAACCAGCAGACUCGUCAAGCGGCUUGAUCAGCCAGUCCUUCGACAAUGCAACAACUACAAGGCUAACAUCGCCUGCAGCACCACGACGGACGAACGCUCGAGCUACCACUACAUCACAACAGCACCACGCGCACCAGCUCAAAGCAACGCAUCAUCACAAGCGCUCCAUCCGCCCAACUCAAAUCAGCCCCUCCUCCUUCCACCCCUCCAACCCCUCCUCAGCGCCCCUCCUCCGCCUCGCCAAAAUCUGGAUCCGAAGAGAGCUGUCCCUCUUCUCCUUUCUAAACCCCACUGCUCCUGCCACCAGCCACCACCACCACACUGCCCACUCCCGUCGUCCGCGACCAACAACCGCCCCGUUCCUAACGAACUUUGUCCUCGCGAUCCUGACCCAGCUCGACCUAUCUGGCGCCGGCGACAGCUUCCAAGCGGUAGACCUGCUUGCGGAGUACCUCGGUGGGAGUGAUGCGAGGUUGUUUGUGUAUGAGCUCAAAGCUUUUCUCAACUCGGGCUGCGGGACGUUGAGGGAGUGGGAUGAGGAGGUGGCGAUGUACUGGUUUGAGGAUGAGGGAGAGGUCAGGGACGGGGUGGGGACAGUAUUGGGACGGGUCUGA